UGCAUCUGAUGCGGUUUUUGUCUUCGUUUCUCACAAAGGUAUAUUCUCUCCCUUUCCCUUCGAUUCUCUCUCUCUACAAAAUCGCCAACCUUAAAUGCCUCUCUUAUUUCUCUACGUUUUCUCCCACUUCUCCGUACCACUCCUAUAAUCUCUCAGCUGGUGAUGAUGGUCGUGCUACUUUAGCUUGUUGAGAACAUCAUGCAUGUGUAGUGUGUACUCGUGAUCUUUGAUUUGGAAUGGAAAAGCAAGUCUAACAUGGAAUAGACAUAUUCGACUCAGUUUAAAGAUACAUACUUUAGUAGGAUUUUUUAGAUUAUUGUCAUCGACGAUAGUGGUUUGUGCCGGAAUAUUUAUUUGUCAAGUACCGGAAGUCGUCCCUAUAUAAUUAUGGAGGUUCUAGAUCGACCCCAAGGGCAAAAGCAGAUGUUAGGUCGCAAAAUUGUCUCUAGUGGGACUCAAAAAGAUAUAUGGCAUGCUGUGGAAGAGGGCUCCUUGGCUGAUGUGGAUACUGCAUUAGCACUGAUGAAGAAGAAUGGGGUUAAUAUUAAUGCAAGAAGUGUAUUUGGACUAACUCCUCUUCAUAUUGCGACUUGGAGAAAUCAUAUUCCCAUCGUUAAAAGGCUUCUUGCAGCUGGUGCUGAUUCAGAUGCUAGGGAUGGGGAGUCAGGAUGGAGUAGCCUUCACCGGGCACUCCAUUUUGGUCAUCUAGCUGUGGCAAGUGUCCUUCUGCAGUCUGGGGCUUCUAUUACUUUGGAGGAUUCUAAAUCUCGAAUACCAGUUGAUCUCUUAUCUGGGCCUUUAUCACAGGUUGUCGGAAGUGGGCGUAAUUCAGUAGUGACUGAGGUCUUCAGUUGGGGAAGUGGUGUUAACUAUCAGCUUGGAACUGGAAAUGCACAUCUACAGAAGUUGCCUUGCAAGGUUGACUCUCUUCAUGACUCGCUGAUCAAGCUGGUUUCUGCUUCCAAGUUUCAUAGUGUUGCAGUAACUGCUCGAGGUGAAGUCUUCACUUGGGGAUUUGGUAGAGGGGGCCGACUUGGGCAACCCGACUUUGAUAUACACAGCGGUCAAGCUGCAGUUAUUACACCUCGCCAAGUGAUUUCCGGUUUAGGGUCUCGUCGGGUGAAGGCUGUUGCAGCAGCUAAACAUCACACUGUUGUUUCUACUGAAGGUGGUGAAGUGUUCACCUGGGGAUCCAACAGAGAGGGUCAGCUCGGCUACACAUCUGUGGAUACACAGCCCACACCCCGCAGAGUGAGUUCUCUUCGAUCAAAAAUUGUGGCUGUUGCUGCUGCAAAUAAGCACACUGCUGUUAUUUCUGAGGCUGGGGAAGUUUUUACAUGGGGGUGUAACAGAGAAGGUCAACUUGGUUAUGGUACAUCAAAUUCAGCAUCGAAUUACACCCCAAGAUUGGUUGAAUCCUUGAAGGGAAAGGUUUUCACUGGAGUUUCUGCUGCAAAGUAUCAUACACUCGUGUUAGGAGGUGAUGGAGAGGUAUACACGUGGGGUCAUCGAUUGGUUACCCCGAAACGUGUUGUCAUUGCUAGAAACUUAAAGAAGGGUGGGGGUGCUGCUCUGAAGUUUCAUCGUAGUGAACGGCUUCAUGUGGUCGCUAUAGCUGCAGGGAUGGUACAUAGCUCAGCUCUUACUGACGACGGUGCGCUAUUUUAUUGGGUCUCCUCAGAUACUGAUCAUAGAUGUCAACAGCUAUAUUCUCUAUGUGGACACAAUGUUGUAAAUGUAUCUGCCGGGAAAUACUGGACUGCAGCAGUCACAGCAACAGGUGAUGUUUACAUGUGGGAUGGGAAGACAGGCAAGGAUAAACCACCUAUGCCAACUCGUUUACAUGGUCAAAAGCGGGCUAGUUCGGUUUCCGUUGGUGAAACUCAUUUGUUGAUUAUUGGUUCUCUUUAUCAUCCUGUCUAUCCCCACAAUAUGGUGAAGGAUCCCGAGAAGCAGAAGUCAAAUGUCAGUGAUGAGCUAGAAGAGUUUAGUGAAUAUCUCAUGACUAAUGACAUGGAAUCCUUUAGCCAACCACCUAGUACAGAUGCGGAAUCAGGAAAAGUGCUCGUACCAAGCUUAAAAAGUUUAUGUGAAAAAGUGGCCGCAGAAAAUCUAGUGGAGCCACGGAAUGCUAUUCAGAUGGUUGAAAUUGCUGACUCACUUGAUGCAGAGGGUUUGAGGAAGCAUUGUGAGGAAAUUGUUAUCCGCAACCUUGACUACAUUUUCACAGUGUCUUCACAAGCUGUUGCUAGUGCUUCUCUGGAAAUUUUAGUUAAACUUGAAAACUUGUUGGACCAAAGAUCAUCUGAAUCUUGGAGUUACCGUCGUCUCCCAACUCCCACAGCUACUUUUCCUGCCAUCAUUAAUAGUGAAGAGGAAGAUAGUGAUAAUGAGGUCCAGAGGACUCGUGACAACCAUAUAUCUAUCUCGAAAAAUGAAAUGAACCUAAGAAUGGAUUCCUUUCUGCAGCCUAGGGAUGAUCUCGAUCUUGAUAAACAAAUUCGAGCGUUACGGAAAAAGUUGCAGCAGAUUGAGAUGCUGGAAGUAAAGCAAUCAAAAGGACAUCUUCUCGAUGACCAACAAAUUGCAAAGCUUAAAACAAGACCAGUGCUUGAGAACUCACUCGCUGCACUUGGUGCUCCAGUCAUAACCGAGCAGGUGGAUGCAGCAGCAUCGUCCGCAGCUCUUCAAGAUGGCAAAGGAAAUAAAAAAGCAAAGAAACAAAGAAAGAAGAGCAAACAAAGGGCAGUAGAAAUCGAGGCACCGUCUGGUGUUUCUGGAACUGAAGUUGUAUCCGAAACUGCUAAGGAUUUCUUCAAUGUUGAAGUCUCUCAGGCCUUAAAACUCAAGGAGGAAGAUAUGAGUGAUAUGUUUGAAAUGACUUUGACAAGCGAAGCCACAAAAGAGUCAGGUUUCUGUGUGCAGGAGACUUCAAAUUCGUCAAAGAAUAAGAGCCCGUCAAUGACAGGUUCCAAGAAAAAGAACAGGAAGGGAGGGCUCUCCAUGUUCUUGAGUGGUGCCCUCGAUGAUGCACCGAAAGAUGUUGCACCCCCUCCCCCAACACCCAAAAAAACCGAGGGUCCUGCAUGGGGUGGAGCUAAAAUUCCAAAAGGACCUGCAUCUCUUCGCGAAAUUCAAAGUGAGCAAAGCAGAAUCAAAGGGACUCAGCCAAUUCGCGCCAAGGACAAGGAGGAAGAUCUCGGGGAUAGCAAAAGCGAGGGGAAAAUUCUGUUGAGUUCGUUUAUGGCUUCCAAGCCUAUACCAAUGGUCUCGCCUCAGACAUCACAGGCACAAGAUGGAGAAAGAAGCACACCACCGUGGCAAUCAUCAGGAACACCUCCUCGUCAUUCUCGACCAUCUCUUAGGGACAUCCAAUUGCAGCAGGUUAAACACCAUCAAAGUCUUUCCCACAGUCCAAAGACAAAAGUAUCGGGAUUCGCCGUUACUUCCGGGCAGGGCUCGCCAUCCGACACCCCAGCCAUGAACCGGUGGUUCAAGCCAGAGGUGGACACACCCUCAUCAAUACGUUCAAUUCAGAUAGAAGAGAAAGCAAUAAAGGAUCUCAAACGCUUCUACAGCAGUGUCAAAAUUGUCAAAAAUCAAAUUUGACCAUAAAAUAAAAUUUGAUUUAUGUGUUAGGAUAUAGUUGUAGUCACUAGUCACUGUGGAUCUUUUAUUAUUAAUUUAAAUUUAUUUAAUUGAUAAAAUCCACCACUGUAAAUUUAAAUGUACAGAGGUUGUAGUGUACAUUAAAUCUUCAUAAAAUUUCAAUGACAGUUAUUUGUUGUCAUUGUUUAUGGGAGCCUUUUUCUUUUACUUUCA